AUGGAGCUAACACUUUGGAAUAAUGGCACUGACAGAAUACUGUUUCUAGAGACUGGAACCAAUCUGAUUUUUAGGUUGAAUGAAACACAAGAUCAUCAAGCAGUGUUACAUUUUGAGAACAACAGAACAAACUCUCUGAGAUUAGAUCGUAUUGCAGUAUUCAUGUAUUCUGCUCAUGACGUUCCCAUUACGUUACACUCCGCUCUAUCCAUCUACAAUGAAAAGAACUGGGCUAUUGAAGUUGUACUUCAUGUGGAUGAUUGUCCUUCUGGGUUACAAAUGGACCUACAGCAAAUUCCUGCCAACUCUUAUGGAUGUAAUAAUUCUCCACCAAUACCGUAUAAUGUUAUUAUACCAGUUGUUUCUAUUGUUUCCAUCCUUUCCAUUUCCAUCCUUGUUUUAUUGCUAUAUGUCACAUUCAAAGUUUUGGGUAGCAUAUUUGCCAAGUUAAACCGAUUGAAACGAAAAGAAGAGGCAGAGAAGAAAAUGGAAUCAAAAUUAAUUGACAAGAGAAUUGUUUUGAUGGAUGAAGAAUAUUCCGUCUUUAAUCAAACUACAGGUCAAGGAAUCGAUGAAAGUACAUCAUUGUUACACCCUAAAAGAGAAAAAUCAGUUGUGCCCGGCACUACAAGUAUUAAUCAUUCGACAGCACAGAAUUCCAGAAAAAAUAAUCUGCAUCAUACUUGGAUAAUUUCCAUCGAUGAAAUAGAAAUCUUACGAAGAAUAUCUGAAGACGAGAAUGAUGAAGCAGAGAAAGAUGAAGAAUUUGAAAGAGAAGCAUCAUUGCUGGCCUCCAUUCGUCAUCCAAAUGUUGUUCAGUUUUUUGGAGUCAUUAUGGCUGGAACUAAGAAAUAUAUGGUUGUUGAGUAUUUGGACAAUGGAAGCUUAGAUCAAUUAAUUUAUCGUUCCAAAAAUGGCAUAGAAAAAUUGGAUAUUUAUCGAAAAAUUGACAUUUUACUAGGUGUUUCUAAAGGAAUGCAAUAUUUACAUUCGUUAAAGCCACACGGAAUUAUUCAUAGAGACUUAAAACCUGGAAACAUUCUUAUCUCCAAAAGCUACACAUCGAAAAUUUGUGACUUUGGUUUAAGCAAGACAUCUAAGAACCAAAGCACUUCGAAUAGUGCCGCCACUACCAAUGUCGGAACAUUAUUUUACAUGUCAAAUGAAAUGAUCAGCGGAGACUCAAAAUACAAUCACAAGACUGAUGUUUACAGUUUUGCAAUUGUUAUGUGGGAAUUAUUUUUCGAAGAAAAUCCUUAUUUAAAUUUUGGAUCUAAGAAAUUAUAUGGAAAUAUGGUUGACACGAAUGCUAUGCACACAGAUGUCUAUGGGUUUAACAUUCUUCCAAAAAUUGUCAACGGUUUACGCCCAAUAAUUCCAUUUCACACAAAGACAGAGUUAAGAAAGUGGAUUGAAGAAUUUCACUUUUACCAAGAGAAUUCAGAUUUGGAAAAAUUGUCUGACAUUUGCGAGAAGUACAUUUCAAUCAUGAAAUCAUGUUGGAGUCAUGACUCUAGUGCACGACCUGAAUUUUCGGAAGUCACCUCCAGAUUAACCGAGCUAUUGAGCUUUUAA